AAUUGGAAAUUUGUGUUAAUUUAUUUGAAUGUUAAUUGUUUCUAAUUUUUAUUUUUUUUUUUUUUUGUUACGAGAGAUGUUAACCAUUUGAUUGAAAAAUUAAGGUAAUGCUAUAUAUAUAAUUAUAUUUAUUGUUUUCCCGUAAGAUCGUUUUUAUCAAUUCUACCAAGCUCAAGUAAUAUUUCCAUACAACUGGAUACAUAUAAAAUACAAUCAAAAGAAUUGAAUAUCGUAUAAGUCCUCAGAGAUAUUUGUACAAAGGAGAUUAACAUACAUACGUAUAUUUCAAUUUGUUUUGUAACCUUUGAAAAUUUAUAAUGAAAAAAUUUUUAAUAAGUUAAUAUACGACGUUUCAUCGAAAAAUUAUUAAAUCAAAUAAAUUUGUAUUUAUCGUAUAGCAAGCCGCCCCAAUCGUAAGAAUCUUUCUAGGAAUGACCUUUCAUUUGUCCGAAUUUCCUUUAUUGCGAAAUCUAUUCUUAUGUUAUUUUCAAUAUAUUCUUUAUUAUUAUAUCGAUAAAUCCCUUUAAUUCCUAUAUAUAUAUAUAUAUCAACGAUAUUGUGAAAACAGAUAUAGAAAUUGGAUUAAAAAAAGAAAAGUAUCUACAAAUAGGAUUUAAAAAAAAAAAAAAAAGAAAAUUAACCGAGUAUAAAAAAUAUUUGCCACUAGAGAGCGCGCAAGUCGCGAAGGAAUGGCGGAAAUUAUGGAAAUUAGGUUAGAAUUUGUAUUCUCUUCGAUUCAAUUCUAAUUUUUGACUAUAUUAAAAAUUUACUAAUAUGAGUCUCACAUAAAAUGAUUAUGUUUAAUAUCGUAUAUAUGUGAAACGUAUAAUGAUAAAAAUGAAAGGAAUUAUUAAUCUAUGUUAUGUCUCAUCAAGACAAUGUCUAAAUAAAUAUGCACGAUUAUGGAAAAUCGUUAAUAUUCAUGAAAUUUAUAAUUGUCGUACACUAAAUACUACUGUAUUUCUAAAUUCGACAGUAUCUAAUGUCGACAAUUUCAGUGAUAAUAAAAAAGAAAAAAGAAAAUAUUUACCCAAAGAUGGAUUGUCCCUUCGAGACUUUUUGACAAAAAACAAUGAACACGAUAACAAUGUUUCUAAUAUUCCUACCGUUGAAAAUAUUCCAUACAUUCAGAAUGUACAUGGUCAAAAUCAAAAAGUAUAUUUUGAUGUCCAUGGAUGUGCAAUGAAUGUCAAUGAUACAGAGAUAAUAUGGUCUAUAUUAAAAAGUCAUGGUUAUCAAUUUACGAAUAAUAUGAAAAAUGCUGAUAUUGUGCUUUUAGUUACUUGCGCUAUUAGAGAUGGUGCGGAACAAAAAAUAUGGAAUAAGUUAUUUCAUUUAAGUCAUAUGAAACGAAAAAGGAUCGAAAAAGUUCCUUUAAAAAUUGGAUUAUUAGGAUGUAUGGCGGAACGUUUAAAGCAUAAAAUAUUAGAAAAAGAACAUGCAAUAGAUGUGAUUGCUGGUCCUGAUAGUUACAAGGAUUUACCAAGACUUCUGGCAAAAACCGAUAAAGAAACUGCUAUUAAUGUUUUAUUAUCGCUUGAUGAGACUUAUGCAGAUAUCUUACCUGUUAGGCUUGAUUCAAAUUCUGUCAGUGCAUUUGUUUCCAUUAUGCGAGGAUGUGACAAUAUGUGUACAUACUGUAUAGUACCAUUUACAAGGGGUAGAGAAAGAUCGAGACCUAUUGAUAGUAUUAUUAAUGAAAUUCAACAUUUAUCGGAUGAGGGUAUAAAGGAAGUUAUUCUUUUAGGACAAAAUGUAAAUAGUUAUAGAGAUUUAUCUCAAUCAGAUUUUUAUACACCUUCAAACGUAGAAACUAAUCUUGUUAAAGGAUUUAAAACAGUAUAUAAAACUAAAAAGGGUGGAUUAAGAUUCAGUGAUCUAUUAGAUAAGGUAUCUCUAAUUAAUCCAGAAAUGAGAAUAAGAUUUACGUCACCUCAUCCAAAAGAUUUUCCCAACGAAGUACUCGAAUUAAUAGCAGAAAGGCCAAAUAUUUCUAAGCAGAUUCAUUUACCUGCACAAAGUGGUAAUUCCGCUGUAUUAGAAAGAAUGAGACGUGGAUAUACAAGAGAGGCAUAUAUUGAUCUUGUAAAUCACAUACGUGAUAUACUACCGGAAGUCGCGUUAUCCAGUGAUUUUAUUGCUGGUUUUUGUGGGGAGACAGAGGAAGAAUUUCAGGAUACUUUAUCAUUGAUCAAAUUAGUCAAAUAUAAUACUGCCUUUCUAUUCGCGUAUAGUAUGAGAGAGAAAACAACAGCAUAUCAUCGAUACAAAGAUGACGUUGAAGCAAACGUUAAAUCAGAUAGACUCCAAAGAAUGAUAGCAUUGUAUAGAAAAGAGACAGAAAAAUUGAAUGGUAUAUACAUAGGUCAAAAACAGCUUGUACUCGUGGAAGGUGUGAGCAGGAAGUGUGAUCAGAAACUUCAAGGAAGAAAUGAUAACAAUAUAAGAGUUUUACUUCCUUGUGCCAGUAUACCUGUCAGUGAACAUUCAACUACUAAAAGAAAAAUAGAAGCUGGUGAUUAUGUAGUCGUGAAAAUUUACAAAUCUAAUUCAAUGACAUUAAUGGGAGAUCCUCUUUAUCACUCUUCCAUCUCUGACUUCACUUCUGAUACUGAAAGAACGAAGCAUCGGUAUAUUCUUUAAUGUGUAAUAAAAGACACAUUGUAUCAAUUAUUAGGAGCAUAAAAAAUACAAUGUCAUCCAUAUAUUUCUAUAUUGCAUUAAGAUAAUCUAAAAAUUAGAUCGAAGAAAACUUGUACAUAGUAUGACACACACAUGCACGCGUAGCGCAAUAAAUAUUCUUAAUUUAUA